AUGAAACCAGCCAAGACAAUACUGCCUCUCCUCUUCUUGUUUCUGAUCAGCUUCUCAAUCUUGCUUCCUUGUGGAAAAGCUACAACAUCUAACAAUAAUGGCUUUAGCAUCAAACUCAUCCCCAGAGACUCUCCUGAAUCCCCUUUCUUCCCAGGCAAAAGCCUCACUCACAAAGACAGAAUGAAAAGGCUAGUCAACCAUUCCAAUGUUCGCCUUCAACACUACGUAACUCACCCUUCCACCGUCCGCCUGCCGAUGAUGAGUCUAAAGGGCAUACUUUUUAUGGCCAAAGUAGGCAUUGGAACACUCCCAAGUACCCCCACAAGCCCACCACAGAAGUCACUCUUCCUCCUCAUUGACACAGGCAGUGACCUAAUUUGGACUCAAUGCGAAACUCGUCUUCCAAACCCUCCUUUUCCCAAUAGCCAUUCUAGUUUAAAUCAUCCGUUACCUUGUGACAGACACCCUCUUUGCUUCAAAGGCCAAUGCAACCGCAAAGCCUGCUCUUAUGCAAGAAAAUACGCGGAUGAUUCCUCGUCGAAAGGAAUUCUUGCCACAGAGACUUUCACUUUCGGUUCGCAUAGGACUAAUGUUUCCUGA